AUGGUUAAGAAAAUUGGCGUAGAAAAUCAAAAUACUACCUCUUACCACCCUCAAGCCAAUGAAAUGAUUGAGCGUGUCCAUCGCGUCUUAAAAACUGCUCUCACUUCUCAAGAAAAUCAACAGUGGACAAGAACAUUAUCUACAGUAUUACUUGGCUUGAGGACAGCUUACAAAGAAGAUCUAAAAAAAUACGUAUAUGAAAUAGCAUGUGGGGAAGUUUUACGUUUGCCUGGUGAUUUCUUAAAGGAAAAUUCAGACUACAAUGCAACCCCAUCAGAAGUUUUUUCCUAUCUGCAUCAGUCAUUCGGCAAUGUAAAACCGGUCCCAGCUAGUAGGCAUACCAAUCAAAAAUCAUUUGUUCAUAAGGAUUUAGAUCAAACAUCUCUUAUUUGGAUAAAAUCGCAAACAGUUAAACCCUUACAAUUCAAAUAUUCUGGACCCUACAAAGUUCUGAAAAGAAAUGAUUAA